AUGCUGGAGCCAUUCAGAAGCGGCUGCAUUGCACAGCGCGGACCGCAACUGAAUCCUGUCUCCUUCGGGGGCCAGGUUGGGGGAAUUUUUGCUGGCCAACCUCGUCGUCGCCGACUUCGAACACGAACACUCUUUCAUCACUUCGUCAGCCUCUAUGGCUGGCGGUUGGAGAAGGAUACACCACCUUAUCAUCACGGCAACGAUUUGUGCAUCAGUCUGCUAUCGCCUGCUCGCCUUCCACCUCGAUUGCACGACGCGUUGGACGCUCUUGUCGCAGCCGACGUUCGCAUCUCGCCUCGACACCAAGCUUUUGCAGUUCGCACCAUCAUAUGGAGGUGGCAUUUUCCGGUGCCGCCAACCACCUACAAACUAUUGUAA